ACCUGCGCCACACAUCACAUCUUCGUUCUCCAGAGUGAUUGGGGAAGCUGGGCAGUAAUCCCGAGACACAGGGGACAUCAAUCAUGGCCUCAGAUUUGCCCGUUUGAAAGCUUGCAGAGAAACUGUUUGCUCAGCCUCUGUCCUCCGAAUGAGUCAGCCGAUGCUGAUGACAACCCCCAGCUCUCGACCGAAACCAGUAUCUGUUGUUGCAACAAGGCAUUUGGAUCGACUAUUAAUACCAUAUUCGCGUGCCAUGAACGGUUCUCAGAAAUUUCCAGUGUAUUCACAGACGCUACAUUGUUCGACCCCGGAAGAGACACGGUGAUUGAUCAUAUGGGUUGCCCCAAGCUCCUCUACCAUGAGUAACUGAUGGCUGGCAGCUCUGCUAUCUUCACGCUUCCCAGAAAACCCAAGAGACAAGCUAAAGCGACCACAGCCUCUUGAAAAUCUCCACAGGGGUGCUCCUUCACUACCAUACCCAAGUCGACGAACCCACUUGCUAGAGUGCAACAGCACCAUGGGCGGUUCAGCGUUUGCUUCAGGAGAAAAUCCGCUCUUCACUCCCCGCAUGCCGCCUCACAUAUACGAGCUGGUCAAGAGCCGUUGCAAGAGCGCUCUCCGCGAGUUGUACAUCUACGUGGCAAGUCCCAUUGACGGUCCUGCCAAGAGGGACUACGGCGAUGUCGACGUUCUGAUGACCUGCGCAAGAGGCGAGUUCACAGGAAGGAGCGGGGAAGAAGCAUUGCCCGAAACCGUCAUCAAAGCCAUCCAGUAUGCCCUGGGAGCCGAGUAUGUCCUGGCCGAAAGAGGCGGCUCGCAUUUUGCCGUUCCCUGGCCGAAGGACCUUCCUGCCGAUAGCUGCGCAGCCGAGCAGCAGCCCCAACGCUACAUCCAGGUCGACGUGACCGUCUCGCCGUCAGUCACUUCGCUGCAGUGGAGCUUGUUCAAGCACGCACACGGCGACAUUUGGAGCAUCCUCGGCUCCGUCAUUCGUCCCUACGGCCUGACCGUCGACGAGCAGCGCAUGUUCCUACGCAUCCCCGAGAUUGAGCAGACGAACAAGAACAAGGCCAAGAUUGAACUGACGGACGACCCGUGCGAGAUUCUGGAGUUUCUCGGCCUGCCAAUUGCUGGAUUCUGGGAGACACCAUUUCCGACGCUGAAUGACAUGUACGAGUACGUCGCUCAGUGUCGCAUGUUUUGGGUUCGCCCCGGCAAGGAAGGAGCCAACGAUCAGGGGGGGACGCACGACCCAGCCCAGGACAAGGCGAAGCUCAAGUCUAAUGAUCGGAAAAGGAUGAGCUCGAGGCCGAAUUUCAGCAAGUGGAUCGACGAGUUUGUGCCACGCUGCCGUCAGGAGGGUCGAUACACGACGCAGCGGACGUCUCGGGAACAGAUCAAGCACGAGGCUUUUGCUCGUUUCCACGUCGAAGCCGAAUACAACCGGCGGCUGGAUGAAUACAUCCGAGAGAAACAGAUCGAUACGGUGUGGAAGGACAUCAAGGCCGCUUUUCCCGCCGCAGACCCGACCGACAAGUACGCCUGCCAGUCUCGAGGUUGCACGAUCAAGGCAUUGAAGAAGGUCAUCAUCGAAGGGGACACAAGCUUUGGCGUUUUGCCGGAUGAGGAUUCGCCGAUGAGGGACAAGGAUGGGUUCUUCAUCUUUGAGAAUGUGUAUGACUUUAUCAGCCGAAAGGGCCAAGAGGUGGGACGAGCUGCAAUGGCGCGGCAUCACCAAGCAUACGAGGAGCUGCUCGAGACGAAGGGCCUCAAACGGAAGCAGGAGACCAGUUCUGAAGUGGCAUAGGGUACACAAUGACACAUUCUUGGGACGAGUAGACAUGAGAUGCGGAGGGGCACGCUAGAUAUCACGACAAGACGGGAGACAACAGAACCAGAGUAGCCC